GGGGCUUGUCUCAUUAGUGUUUAGUGUCAGAUCUCGCAAAGAUGUGCGCCGGGAGAUCUAAAAUGUUUCAAAAUAAAUUUUCAACGCGGCUCGCGUUCUACGCAAUCGCUUUACUAUUACUUUCCUGCGCCACCCAACGCGCGUCGUCGAUGUCACUCGAACGUUUGGGUGUCGAUCAGAAUGACUUGAAUUCCGCGUCACUGGCGUCCGCCGACCACUAUGAAGAGCAAACGGAAACGGAUAAUGCUGCUGCAGAUAUUGUGGGGGAUGAUAGGGAAUUGGAAGCUGUGCCCACUAGCGGCAAUACGGAUACCUAUCUGUUGGUGCCAGCCGGUGGUGCCGCCGAGCGUGAAAGUGUUGAGAAAAAUACAAUUGAAAGUGCGGGUGACUCAAAUGGUGCUGCCGAAGAGCCACAACCCAACGAAGCGACCGACAUGUUGAUGGUUGAGUCCAAUGACGCGCCUAUGCAUGUGUCCUUCCUCGCUGUGCCCGUUGAGCAAAGUGAAUUGGUUGAUGGCGAACAAGUGGCGAAUGCCGAAGAAAUAAUUAACGAUGAUGAGAGUGCCAACGAUGAACAAGUGCCCGACUUAGCUGAUAAGAUUUUGGAAAUUCCCGCAGAACCGGAACUUCAGGAAGUCGUACCCGUAGUCGCUGAAGAAGUGCCAUUAGCAUCCAUUGAAAAACUCGAUACCGCAGCCGCAUCUGCGGAGCUUGAACAUGAUUCGCAUAAUGAGGAUACCGUUAGUGCCGAACAUGAAACCAUAGCCGACAUGAUCGCCGAUGCGGUGUUGGAAGUCGAGAAGGAUAUGGAAAGUGCGCAAUUGUCCGAUGAGUUGCCAAGCAAUGUAGUGCCAGUAGAAAGUGAAAUCGUGGAAGAUAGUGAGACAAAUGAUAAUAAGAACGAAGAAGCUGCUGAGCAGGAUGCUAUUGAAAGUUUGUCUGCAAUGGAAGAGGAGUUAUUGCCAGAAGUUGUUUCAGUGCCCGUAGAAGCUGUGCACAUUGAGCAAGAAAAUAGUGAAGACAACAACGAACCUUUACUCGUAAGUGACAGCAAAGUGGAAGAUGUGAAUGUCGAGGAAAACGAAAUUAAAGAAGAUGAAGCAAACGAGCAGACUCCAGAGCAUGAAAUUUCUGAAGAUUUGGUAAACAAACCUGAGGAUAUUAUUGUAAAUGUAGAGCCGGUGGCAGAAGAAAUUGUGGCUAUACAACCAGAAAUCACUAAUGAAGAAGAUAAUCAAAGUGCGGAUGAGUCAAUUGGAUUAUCCGACACUAUUGUUCAAAUGCAAAGUGAAGAGAAUGCGAUUGCACAAAGUAAUUCAGAUGCUGAAAACACAAAUGCUGAAGGUGUGACUAAAGAGGAAGAAAAUGCUUCAGUGCUUAUGGACGAAAUCAAAGCAGAUACCAGUGAAGUUGAAGUGAAUCCUGUAGCGGAAGCCAUUGAGAAAGAAGUUGAGGCUAACUUAGCUGAAAUGAUUGCCGAAGAUAAUAAGGUUGAAGAAACCAUUGCUAAGGAACCGACACCAAACGAAGCCCACGAAGAGCAAAAUAAACAGGACGAUGAAAUUACAGAGGACAAGCAUGUUGAAGAAACUCAAAUGGCUGAGGAAGCACAGCAAACUGAAAACGAUCAGGUUGCGGAAGAAAGUCAAACAGCAGAAGAAUCACAAGCUGUUGAAGAAAGUCAAACCGCAGAAGAAUUACAAACUGUUGAAGAAAGCCAAGCUCCAGAAGAAACUCAGGCGGCCGCAGAAACUGAAGCGUUUGAAGGGGACCAACUAGCGGAAGAAACGCAAAUAACUGAGGACAACAAAGAGCAAGAAACAAAUGGUGAAGAUAAUGUGGAAGCCGAAAAGGUAAAGCCGGAAGCUGUUAACAAUCAAUUAGAUGAAAUUUCGCAGGAUGCUGCUAUAAACGAAGAAAAUCUGCAAGAAGCAAAUGUGGAAAACUUGGCAGAGGAAACUUUACCUGUUGGAGAAGUGGCUAAGGUAGCUACACAAGAAGAUACACAUGCCGAGGAAAUUCCUCAACAAGAAACAACGGCUGAAGAUGUCAAAGAAGACAAUAAGCUAGAGGAUCCAGCUAGUGAAGAUAUCAAACAAGAUGCGCCGAUCGUAGAAGAAACACAACCAGAAGAAAUCAAAGAAGAACAAAUGGAACCACAAUUGCCUGAAGCCAGUAGCCAGCUGUCAGAAGCGGAACAACAGCCGGAAGUGACUUAUGAAGAAUUACAAGAAACUGCGGUCAAUGAAGCUGAAGUAAACGAAGAUGCAACACAAAAUGCCAGUCAGCAAAUAACAGUAGAGAAAUUGGAAGAAGAAUCUACACCAACAAAAGUUGAAACUGCACCCGAAACCCAGGAAUUAGUGGAAGAAAAAUUGGAAGAAGUGCAAAAUCCAACAGAGAUCGAAACACAACCCGAAGCACAAAACUUGGAAGAACCACAAGUUAAACCAAGUGUAGAGUUAGUGCAAGAGGAGGAACAAAAACCUGAAGCAACACUGGAACUUGUAGAAAAUCAAGAGGAACAAGAGCAACAACAACAGGAAGAAGCUCAAGACACCACAGCUGAAGAGUUGCAACAGCAAACUAUAGAGGAAGAAGCUCAGGAAGCGCAACCUCAAGAGUCGCAACCGCAGGCUGUAGAAGAAGUAGCACAGGAUACCCCAACUGAAGAGGUACAACAGCAGGUUGAGCAAGAAGAAACAAAGGACACUCUUAAUGAUGAGGUACAACAACAGGCUGAGCAGGAAGAAGCACAGGAGACUCUUAAUGUAGAAGUACAACUGCAGGCUGAGCAGGAAGAAGCACAGGAGACGCUUAAUGAAGAGGUGCAACAACAGGUUGUAGAGGAAGAAUCACAGCAGGCUGUAAAUGAAGAAGUACAAGAACAGGCUGUAGAGGAAGAAGCUCAGGAAACACAACCUGAAUUACCACAGCAACAGACUGAAGAGCAGCAGCAACCAGAGUCUGAGCCAGAAGUAGAGCAACAACCAUUGAAAGAAACUGAAAUUCCAGAAGAACAAGUAGAAGAACACUUGGAAGAGGAAGUGAUGCCACUGCAGGAACCAGUCGAGCAAUUGAAACAAGAAGAAUCCGUUAUCCCACAACAACCACAACAACAGACCUCAGAAGAACAACCUCAAAUUGAGGCACAAACGCCUGUGGCCCAACAAAUACUCGCCGACGAACCAGCAGAAGUACCCACCGAGAUUGCGACAGAGUCGCAGAACACCGGACCAAUCGAACCCACCAAUUCGUUGCUUACAACGAUCAUACAAGUGCCACAACAACAAGCAGCACCAGUGGUAAAAGUCGAAAAUGAUGAAGCACCAUUAACGCCAACACUCGUCAGUGUCAACAAUCCACCCGCCGCUGCAGCGGCACCUACAGUAGCACCACUAAAUGUCAUGGAUAGCGUGCUCAAUUAUGUGAAUGCCUCAUUUAUGCAACUCAAUGCCAAUAAACAACAACAACAACAGUUAACCACACAAAAUCUAAAGGAUGAUGAUGAUGAUAAUUUGAAUGCACAGUUAAGACGCUACGAUGGUGCUCAGGUCUGGAGAAUUGUUGUGCAAAGUGAUCACGAUAGGAAAAUGGCGGAUGAGCUGCAAACUAAAUACGGUGGUCAACUGUGGAAGGAGGUGAAGCAAGAGGUCGAUUACUUGUUGAAGCCACAAGUUUUGGCCGAUGCCGCACAGCAUGUGCGCGCCGCAAAUCUGUCCCGUAUUGUACUCAUCGAUAAUUUACAAAAUGUCAUCGAAACGGAAAAUCCCAGCGCAGCGGAAAUCGCACAAUACCAAAACCGAAAGGGACAUCGCUUGACAUGGAAGGCCUAUCAUCGUCUCGAUGACAUACACGGUUUCUUUGAUACUAUGGCCAAAACAUACCCCGAUAUUUGCUCUGUGGAAACUAUUGGCUAUUCGUUGCAGAAACGCCCAUUGAAAAUCUUAAAAAUUUCCAACGGUAAUCCCGGCAAUCCCGGCGUUUGGAUCGAUGGUGGCAUGCACGCACGCGAGUGGAUUAGUCCCGCAACGGUCACAUACAUUGCCAACCAAUUGAUUGAGGAUUGGGAGAACUUGCCCGACUAUAUGCGCAAUGUCAAUUGGUACAUACACGCCGUGGCUAAUCCCGAUGGCUAUGAGUACACACACACCACCGAUCGUCUCUGGCGCAAGAAUAUGCGUUCGCACGGUCGUCAAUGUCCUGGCGUCGAUUUAAAUCGUAAUUUUGGUUACAAAUGGGGCGGCAAGGGCACAUCGGCAAAUCCAUGCUCGCAAACUUAUCGCGGCAGCAAAGCAUUCUCGGAACCAGAGACAUUCUACAUUUCGAAAUUCAUCAGCAAUCAGCCACGUGGCACCUUCCAAGCGUAUCUCUCAUUCCACAGUUAUGGACAGUACAUCUUGUAUCCAUGGGGUUAUGAUUAUCAUCUAACAGCCGACAAGGCGGAUUUGGAUCGUGUGGCGCGUCAAGCGGGAACGACCAUCACCAAGAAAUCGGGUGGCAAAUACACUGUCGGCUCAUCGGCGACCACACUAUAUCCAGCAGCUGGCGGUUCGGAUGAUUGGGCCAAGGGCUUUGCUGGCAUCAAAUACGCCUACACCAUUGAAUUGGGUGACACCGGACGUUAUGGUUUCGUGCUACCCGCCAGCCACAUUGAACCCAAUGGCAGUGACGGUUACAUUUUCGCCGAAACGGUGGCGCGCGCCAUCACACAGGGCAACAAAUACAGUCGAAAACGUGCCUUGUGAAUUACGAAUUAGUUUAAUUCUCUAAAUUAAUUUAACAUAAUUUAUUUAAAUUAUUUAUUUAUUAAUUUAAUAUUUAUUUAUUGAUGCUGUCCUAGCGAGAGGAAAUAUACUUAAUUAACUAAAAGAGAAGAUAUGAGAUGAGAAAAGGGUAGUCGAAAACAAAAGCCAAUUUAGCUUAGUAACGAAAAUGCCAAUUAAAGUAAUGCCUAUUUAUUUAUUUAUUAUGCGAAAUAUUUAUUUAUUUAUUUAUUGUAUUUGUAAAAGUAAUUUAUUUGCGUAUUUAUGUUGUACUGGCCCAAAGUAGGCGACAAUUUGGCCGAUUAAUUGCAUUUAAAUGGACUGAAAGUUUGUUUAAACAAAUGAAAGCGUACAGAAAAUUCAAGUGAAUAAUAAAAUGAAAUGAAAUUGAAAAUAAUAAAA